UCGGUCCUGUCUUAUCUGGUUUUGAAUAAUAAAAGGAAGGAAAACUCAACUAGGACGUAGUGAGAUUUAGUCUCUAUGAAUCAGCAUCUGCUCAAUUUGUCACCAAACUUUUCCAUCCACAGCAUUUUUGUCACGUCAUUUACUGAAAAGCUGUCUCACUCAGGUUUUUGUUUCUAUUUCUCCUGCAUCGUCUAACUAUCGUCAUGUCCACCUCUCAUACUGGAAGGGUAUUUCGGGCCACUGAAGCUGGUUGUAAAUUAGAUUCACAUGACAAGCCACAUAGAAAAAAAAACUGUUUGCAUGAGGAAACUCUACUUCCUCUUUUAAGUGUGAAGAUCCUCCGGUGUGUUAAGAACAGCUGCACUUUCUUCUCAGGGAUAAAAUAACUUUGCUGAUUAUACGGCAACAAGAUGCACAUUCUUUGUGCAGUGUUGCUUUUGGCCUCUCUGGUCCACAGCCACUCAUCGUUUGCUUUAAAUAAAGUGUGGGAAGAGUGGAAAAUCAAACAUCACAAGGUUUAUGCUAAUCAGACUGAGAUCAUCUUCAGGAGAACAGUGUGGGAGAAGAACAUGAAACUAGUGCUGAGACACAACCAGGAGGCCUCAGCAGGAAAGCACAGCUUCACGCUGGGAAUGAACCACCUGGCUGACAUGACAGCCGAGGAGGUCAAUGAGAAGCUGAAUGGCCUGAAGUUGGAGGAGCCUGUUGGUUCAAGAAAUGACACCUUUAAGGACCUGAGUGGCUUAACAUUACCUAAGAGGGUAGACUGGAGGGAGGAAGGCCUGGUUAGUCCCGUCCAAAACCAAGGAUUAUGUGGGUCAUGCUGGGCCUUCAGUUCUAUGGGAGCCCUCGAGGGCCAGAUGAAGAAGCGGAGAGGUGUCCUCGUGCCCCUGAGCCCACAGAACCUGGUGGACUGCAGCACUUUUGAUGGAAACCGAGGCUGCAGAGGAGGUUACAUCUCUAAAGCCUUCAGCUACGUCAUCCGCAACAAAGGCGUCGACUCAGAGAGCUUUUACCCUUACGAACACCAGAAUGGGAAAUGUCGCUAUUCUGUCGAGGGAAAAGCCGGCUACUGCUCAGACUUCCACAUCCUUCCACGAGGAGAUGAGAUGACUCUGCAGGAGAAGGUGGCCACAGUGGGACCCAUUUCUGUGGCCGUGAACGCCAUGCUGCAAUCUUUCCACCUCUACAAAGGAGGUUUAUACGACGAACCCAGCUGUAACCCAAGGUUCAUAAAUCACGCAGUACUGGUUGUUGGCUACGGUACAGACAAUGGACAAGACUUCUGGCUGGUGAAAAACAGUUGGGGAACCGAGUGGGGAGAAGAAGGCUUCAUUCGAAUCGCCAGGAACAAGAAUAAUCUCUGUGGCAUUGCCACCUUUGCUGUCUACCCUACACUGUGAACAUGUGACCAGUCACCUGAAUCAUCUCUCAGCAGAGUUUAAGUUAUUUUAUUUAAUAUCUGAGAUUAGAUGUUUGUUUGUUUUCAUCAUUAAGUACAUUGUAGAUAUUGUGCAGAAAGGCUGCAAUAUGU